AUGAAGGGGGUGACGAUUCACAAUUUUUGUUACUCUUACUUCAAGGUGUGUCUACUUGUGAUGUCAUUGGCAUACGGAUCCGCCGAAUGGGAUGGAAGCUCCAGCCAAAUAGCUAAAACUAUCAUCGUCAAUCCAAACGAUGCUAGAUAUUUCAAAACUGUCCAAAGUGCAAUCGACUCUAUCCCUCUGCAAAACCAAGAUUGGAUCCGUAUCCUCAUAAGUAACGGUAUUUACAGUGAGAAAGUAACAAUACCUAGGGGCAAAGGAUACAUAUACAUGCAAGGCGGAGGAAUUGAAAAGACGAUAAUAGCUUACGGUGAUCAUCAACUCACCAAUACUAGCGCCACUUUCACGUCCUAUCCUAGCAAUAUCAUCAUUACUGGAAUCACCUUCAAAAAUAAAUAUAAUAUUGCAUCGAGUAGCUCACCAACCAAACCAGCGGUGGCUGCGAUGAUGCUUGGAGAUAAAUAUGCAAUAAUCGAUUCAAGUUUUGAUGGUUUUCAAGAUACGCUUUACGACGAUUACGGCAGACACUACUACAAACGAUGUGUUAUCUCCGGUGGCAUAGAUUUCAUUUUUGGCGGUGCCCAAUCCAUUUUUGAGGGAUGUACGUUGAAACUAAGGGUUGGAAUCUACCCACCGAAUGAAGUGUAUGGAACGAUAACGGCACAAGGAAGGGACUCGCCGACGGAUAAGGGAGGGUUCGUGUUUAAGGACUGCACUGUUAUGGGAAGCGGCAAGGCGUUACUGGGACGAGCGUGGAAAUCUUAUUCACGUGUUAUCUUUUACCGUUCUAUGUUUAGCGACAAUAUUUUGCCAAUUGGUUGGGAUGCUUGGAAAGCAAAAGGCCAAGAGUAAAUAAUCUCUUUACCUUUUUAUUACAUUUUCAUAUGAUAAAUAUUUCAUUAAAGUUAUAUCUGUUUCUUAAUAAAAAGAAAGGAAAACGAUAUUAUUUUAGGGGGCAUAUAACGUUUGUGGAGUUUGGUUGCACUGGAGUUGGAGCAGACACGUCAAAGAGAGUGCCAUGGCUCACGAAGGCAAGUGAAAAAGACGUUCUUCAGUUUACGAAUCUUACCUUUAUUGACGAAGAAGGUUGGCUCAGUAGGCUUCCCAUCAAAUUUUAGAGGUGUUAAUACAGAUUAGUCCGUUCGUAUAAGCUCGUUCUGUGUCUUCGAUAAAUUAAAAACCUGUAAGCAGUGAAUAUCAAUAUACAAUAAAAUACAUCAACGAUUUAUCUGUUUAGUAAAAGUUCAAUAAGUC